UUUGUUUUGUUCCUUUCCACUGACUGAUAAAAGUGAUUUCUGAACACUAAAAAGUUAGCUUCAGUUUUCGUUCUUAAUAACCAAAAAUUAUAUUUGUUUGGGACGAAAUGUUCAAACUCAAAAGUCGUAAAAGUUUGUUCAGGAUUGUAGUAUCUAAUUUAUUGGAAGCAGCAUUUCAUUUCUGUGUGAUUGAAAUUGCAUGCAAAGAUUCACAAUGGUAGUAUGUUGGGCCAAGUUUAUCUGAUAUCGAUGUUUAAUUUAUUUUAAAACCAACUGAUUGUGUGAUCUUCAUUAAUUAGCUGAGAUGAAUGGACAUUCCGGGAUAGACACUUUUGAAGCCACAGAACAUUUAAAAAACAUUUUGAAUGUUGGAAAAAACGAUUUUGAUUCUGGCAGAAUGAAAACUUCAAAUGGUGCCAUGGAAACAGCAAAUGAGCUACACGAUGGUCAAUAUCAGAAAAUUGAAAUACCAUCUAACAAGGAUAGUUUUCAUGUUGCUGUCUAUGGUAAUGAAGUUGAAAUCUUAUCCAGCUGUCUGGAGACAGGAUGUGCAAGCAGUCAGGUAAUGGUUGAGAAUUUAGUGGACUACGGUUGGGAGGAAAAAUACUACCAUGGAAAAUUGGUCAAUGUGCAUCUCAGUGGUUUAUACCUUGCAUAUGUUUUAAAAC